UAUUAUUAAUUUGAUUUCUCACCUGACCCUUUGCAAUAAAGUCCGGGGGGGGAUUGCAACAAUUUAAAAUGCAAUGCUUGAAACGGUUUAAAACACCCGGAGGUGUUGCUUCAGGAUGCAAACACUAUGGAAUGGGAAUGAUACAAUGAAGGUGUUAGGGUCACACUUGUAGGGAGGGGAUUCCACAAUUUAGGGGCUGCCAUUUGGGGCCUAAGUCAUUUUAUGGCGUUAAUCACUAGUGCAAUAGUGUUUAAAUUGGCUACACACCAACACUUUAUGUGAUGCUUCUCUUUCGCCCUGGGAAAAAUGGAAGUCAAAAGUCGGCUUCCUUACACUCAAGCAGAAGGCAUUAUCAGAGUUCAAUGGCAAAACCCAGCAAAAACAUGGAGAUGUAGUGCAGCUGAGGGGUGUGGCCUGAGGAGAGUUCUGAGGGCCAUAUAGAGAGGCCUGGAGGGCCCCAUUUGGCCCAAGGACCUUUGGUUCCCCCACCUGUGGACUAAACAAAAAGGAAGCAGGCUAUUAGUUCUUGCUUCAGAGGUCGAAGCCAGGCAGCCCUAAUUUUCCCCAACCUCUCACAUAACAAAUUUUGGAUGGAAUAAGGCCCUCUUUAUAACAUAAACAUUAUUCAAGACAACACUGGCCCAUUUUCUCUUUCUCCAAAUAUCCAGCCUAGAGCUGAGCUGGCUGCAUGGCUCUCUAAAUGAAAAAAAGGUGCCCUGUUUCAUGCCAUCUCCUCAGCUGAUGUCUCAGGUGUGGAACACAUUGUACCACAAUAAGUGAAACUUGUUCAAUGUCUCCUUGUAUUGCAUUCUCUCCCCCUUCCUGCCAGGCCUCGAUACGAUCCUAUGGCAGUUCAGCCGCCGCCGGAUUCCCAAAAGCAAGCCGCUGCCUAUGCAGAAGAAUAUGAUAUCAUCACCGAAGAAGACAUCGAAGAGAUUAGGGAUGCACUUGAAGGAGGAAGAAUGGCAGAAGCAGCGUCCAAAAUAUUGGAAAACCUGCAGGCUUUGGAGAAUGCCCGGCUGGACAUUGCAGUAACGGGAGAGUCUGGUGCUGGCAAGUCCUCAUUUGUCAACGCCAUUCGAGGCCUAGGGGAUGAAGACGAAGGAUCUGCCGACACGGGGGUUGUGGAGACCACAAAGGAGCCCACUCCUUAUUCACACCCCAAGCACCCCAACGUGACUGUGUGGGAUCUUCCCGGAAUCGGCACUCCAGAUUUCCAGUCCAGCACUUACCUGGAGCAGGUCAACUUCUCCCGCUAUGACUUCUUUAUUCUCAUUGCCUCAGAGCGCUUCAAGUCCAACCAUGCCCAGUUGGCGCAGGAAAUCCAGCGGCUGGGCAAAUGCUUCUACUUUGUGCGCUCGAAGGUAGACGCAGAUCUAGAGGCCACCAAAAAGCGCCGGCCAAAAGCCUACGACGAGGAGGCGAUACUGAGGAAGAUUCGAGAGAAUUGCAAAGAGUGCCUUCAGGCCCAAGGAGUGGCUGCUCCCCAGGUCUUCCUCCUUUCCAGCUGGGAGCUAAACAAGUACGACUUCAUACAGCUCGAGGAGACGCUGGAGAAGGAGCUGCCGAGCCACAAGAGACAUGCCUUCCUCAUGGCCCUGCCAAACAUCUCUUUGUCCAUCUUGCAGAAGAAGAAAGAGGCCUUGCAGAAGCAAAUCUGGAAGCUGGCUACCAUCUCAUGCGGAAUAGCAGCUGUGCCCAUCCCAGGCCUCUCUGUAGCUUGCGAUAUAACUAUCCUGGUUAAGUCUCUUUCGGAAUACCGUCAGAACUUUGGCCUAGAUGACGAAUCCCUCGGCAAAUUAGCUGAGAAGGUUGGCAAGAAUGUGGAGGAGCUUAAAGAGGUGAUCGAGUCACCACUGACCAAAGAAAUCUCCAGGGACCUCGUGGUGAAGAUGUUAACCAAAGCCGGUGGUGGGGCAUUGAUGCUGGUGGAGUACUUUGCCAGCACGAUCCCUGUAUUUGGCUCCGUGACAGCUGGAGGGAUUUCCUUUGGAACCACGUAUUACAUGCUUUACAGCUUCCUAAAUGAGGUGGCAGGUGAUGCUCAGCGUGUCCUGAUCAAGGCCUUUGAGUCUGAUGUUUGAAAGAGUUCUUCGGAUCUCGUGUAGUGAUCCAUGAUGGGUGCUUAGCUUCUAAAUGGAUGGAACAGCACCGAAUCGAACAGAGCUCUGUCCUACAGUUCUCGAGGUUCUUUGGGGAAAGCUAUGGAAGUUAAACUAGAAUGAAGCUGGUUGAAACUUGUCAUGUAGACGUGAGCCAUAUGCAUUUGACUGCAGGCCUUUUUGAAUUGGCUUGCUUCCUUUAGUGAAAAACUGGAUGAUGAAUGCUUAAUUUUGUUUUAAUGUUACCACUCUAAUGACUUUAUAACGAAAGCCAAGAUUGUGCUGUUUUAUACCCAGUGAAGAUCCUCUGGCAACGUUCAGGGCUUAACAAAGAACUGGAAUACAAAUCAGUUCCCUUUUUACUAGUGGUUCAAGCCACAGAUUGUGACAACCUGAAUCUUUAGGCCUGUCUUGGUUUCCUUUCCUUUUUUCUUUUGAAAUAAUAAAAUGUGUCUAACCUAAAGCA